AGACAACCAACCACCAUGGCUUCCACCUUCUCCAGCGGCAGCUUCAGCAGGUCCUCCCGACUCUCCUCUUCAGGUGUAGGGGGUGGCCGCAUCAGCGCCAUAAGGGCUGGCAGCGUGUACGGAGGAGCAGGAGGUUCAGGGGUCCGCAUCUCCAGCGCUUCUGGCUCAGCGGCCACAGGAGGUUCUGGAAGCGGUUACGGAUCAGGAGGCGGCUUUGGAUUCGGUUCUGGCGUGUCUGGAGAUGAUGAAAGCGUCAUCGGGAAUGAGAAGUUCGCCAUGCAGAAUCUCAACGACCGUCUGGCUGCUUACCUGGAGAAGGUGCGCACCCUCGAAAAGGCUAACGCUGACCUUGAGCUGAAGAUCCAUCAGUUCCUGGACAACAGGCUUGCACCUUCUGGCACCGGUCGUGACUACUCGGCCUUCUUGGCUACUAUCAGUGAACUUCAUGCUAAAAUUUCGGAUGCUGUAGAGCUUAAGAACGCGGUUCACCUCAGUAUUGACAAUGCCAGCUUGGCUGCAGAUGACUUCAGAAUGAAGUAUGAGAAUGAGCUGACCAUGCGUCAGUCUGUGGAGGGAGAUAUCGCAGGACUGAAGAACGUUCUCAGUGAGCUCAACAUGGGUCAGAAAGACCUCAACCUGCAGAUCGAAAGCCUCAACGAAGAGAUGACGUACAUGAAGAAGAACCACGAGGAGGAACUCUUGACGGUGCCUGAUCAGAUGUGUGGACAGGUCAAUGUGGAGGUCAAUGCAGCGCCUCAAGAAGACCUCAACAAAAUUCUGGCUGAAAUGCGUGAGCACUACGAGGCUGUCGUGUCCAAGAGCCAGAGAGCACUUGAAGGCUGGUUCCAGGAGAAGUCUGAGACCGUGAAACAAGAGGUAGCGGUAAGCACUGAGACCUUACAGACCUCCAAAACUGAAAUCAACACAGUCAAGAGCACAGAGCAGUCUCUGCAGAUAGAGCUACAAUCUGCCCUGUCCAUGAAAUCCUCCUUGGAAAACACCUUGUUAGAGACUCAGAAUCGCUACAGCAUGAGGCUGUCCGGCUACCAGGCACAGGUGGGUGAAAUGGAAGCCCAAUUAGUUCAACUCAGAUCUGAUCUUGAACGUCAAAGUCAAGAGUACCAGAUGCUCCUGGACAUCAAGACCAGACUGGAGUUGGAGAUCGCCGAAUACAGAAGACUGCUGGACGCAGAAGCUAGUGGCAGCUUGACAAUCUCAGCUGACUCUUCCAGCUCUGUAAGCACCACCACCACCAAAACAGCCGUGAUCACUAUUGUGGAAGAAGUGGUUGAUGGGAAAGUGGUCUCCUCUUCUUCAACAUCUCUUGUGGACUAUAAAAGACGCUGGACUUUUUUGUUUCUUCGCAUAAGUUACUAUCCUGUCAGAGCAGACGUUGAUACACAGAAGGUCAACAUGGCUUCCAGUUAUUCACGCAGCACCAGCUACAUGUCCUCUGGUGGCUCAAUCGUGAACUCGAGUCGUUCCAGUCGCAUGUCCGUGUCAAGCAGCCGUAUGAGCACAGCGAGAUCCGGCAGCGUAUAUGGAGGAGCUGGAGGUUCGGGCAUUCGUAUCUCCACGGCCUCUUCGGGGGGGUUUGACAUGUCCGAUGACACCAACAUCAUUGGAAAUGAGAAAGGCACCAUGCAGAGCCUCAACGACCGCCUGGCUUCCUACCUGACCAAGGUGCGUGCCCUGGAGAAAGCCAACGCUGAUCUGGAACUAAAGAUUCAACAGUUUUUGGACAGCAAAGCGACCCCGUCUUCUCGUGACUAUAGUGCAUAUUAUGCCACUAUAAAGGAUCUGCAAGAGAAGAUCAUGGAAGAAAUUCAUCUGAAGGGUGGAAUACAUCUCAGCAUUGACAAUACAAGCUUGGCAAUAAAUGAUUUCAAAAUGAAAUAUGAGGCCGAGCAUGCCAUGCGUCAGUCUGUGGAGGCUGACAUUAUCGGGCUUAAACGGGUGCUUGAAGAUCUCGACAUGACCGGCAAGGACCUCUCCAUGCAGAUCGAAGGGCUGAAGGAGGAGCUGGUGUUUAUGAAGAAGAAUCACGAGGAGGAUCUCCUGGCCGCGCGCACUCAGAUGAGCGGUGAGGUUAACGUGGAGGUCGAUGCUCCUCAACAAGAAGAUCUCACUAAGGUGCUGGCUGAACUUCGGGAGCACUAUGAAGCGGUUACUGCGAAGAACCAAAGAGAACUUGAUCAGUGGUUCAAGACAAAGACAGAAACUCUAAACGUGGAGGUUGUGACCAGCACUACAGAUCUGAAAUCAUCUCGCUCUGAAAUAAACACGCUCAAAUCCAAAGUGCAGGCUCUGGAAGUCGAACUUCAGGCCCUCUUGGCUUUGAAAUCGUCCUUGGAGGCCACAUUGACCGAAACAAAGUCUCGGUAUUCCUUGAAGCUCAGUGGCUUCCAAAGCCAGGUAGCCUUCCUAGAGGAUCAGAUCACACAGAUCCGGGUGGAUUACGAUCGUCAGAGUCAGGAAUAUCAGAUCCUGUUGGACAUCAAGGCCAGACUGGAGAUGGAGAUCGCAGAAUACAGAAGACUGCUGGACGGAGAAGCCGCGGUCAAAACAACAACAACAAGCUCCACUUCCUCUACCACCUCAAGGACGAAGGUCAUCACUGUGAUGGAAGAGGUGGUGGAUGGGAAGGUGGUCUCCUCUUCCAGUGCCUCAAGCUUUUCUAGCUCACGCAUAAACUGAUCAGAUGUAACGUCUGGUUUUGGUCAUGGUUUGAACAAACACUCAAUAAAGUAACAUUCUCAAUUCUC